AUGCAAAAUUUCGUGGCAUAUGCCGCCAUCAUAUUCGGUUGUUAUGGUUUUAUUUUGGUGGCCAGUGAAAGCUACUAUUCCAUAAUUGCACCGGGUGUUAUAAGAUCAAAUCAUAAAUAUACGAUAGUCGUGACGUUACACGAAGCACCGGAACCGGUAAAAAUAAAUCUACGCAUGCAAGGACCAUCGUAUCACAUGCAAGGUGAUGUCUAUUUGCAGUCAUAUGAAACAAAAAUUGUGACAUUUCUACCGCCGAAAUUGUUGAGUGGUGAACAUAAAUUAAUUGCCGAAGGUCUAAGUGGUAUACGAUUUCGAAAUGAAACUCGUUUAAUUGCCGAUCCAUUUGCUGGACCAAAAAUCUACAUACAAACGGAUAAGGCCGUAUUCAAACCGGGUGAUGUGGUACAAUUUCGUGUGCUGAUAUUGGAUGAAAAUACAAGGCCGAUGAAGAUCAACGAGCCGAUACGUGUUGAAAUUAUGGAUGACAAAGAAAAUCGCGUGAAACAAUUUAAGGACAUUGCCCUCGUGAAGGGUGUAUAUAAAAAUAAAUUUCAACUUUCCGAAUAUCCUGUAAUGGGCGAUUGGUAUAUACGAGUCUAUAUAAGCGGCAAAUAUGAUUAUAGCAGACAGAAACGUAUCCGAGUACAAAAAUAUGUCUUGCCAAAAUUUAGCGUUUACAUUGAAUCCGAUAAAUAUAUAAUUUUGGGUGAUCGAAUGUCUUUAAAGGCGACAAUUUUUGGAAAAUAUACAUUCGAGAAAUAUGUCGAAGGUCAUGCGGUUAUUAAACUGAUCGAGCCCGUGAAAGACACUGUUCUUGAAGAAAAACAGGUUCAUGUGAAAGAUCAGCUGGAGGUUGUUUUCCAUUUGAAAGAUUCGGCAAUAUUGCGAGCUGUACAAGGUUUAAAUCUAAUCGUUGAAUUGACGGAAAAACAUACGGGCCUAACGAGAAGUGAGCGGGCCUAUAUUGAGGUGCAUAACAAACCAUUCAAUAUGUUCGUGGAUUCCAAAUCCAUCGAAUUUUUCAAAAAUAAACCUUUUCGAUUGAAACUAAGUGUGAAUGAUUGGGAUGGCAAGCCCAUUGCAGAUCCGAAUAUGCCGGUAACAAUGGACCACGGUGGCAGGAAGUAUACGGCCUAUUUGGAUUGCCAAGGUGAAGCAACAUUUGAAUUUGAACACGAAUCGAAUUCGAAUCAUCUAUUUGAAUAUGGCAAUGUUACGUAUAAACUGGCGAAUAUAUUGGCCUAUGAACCGCUUAAUACAAAUAAAACCGAAUCAUAUUUUAAGCUGACGGUGUUGAAUAAUAAACUUCGUUUGGGUACCACUGUCCAACUUGAAGUGUCCUCCACAAAGAAUAUACCCUACUUGGUGUAUACCAUUGUCGGUCACUCCGCUAUUAUAACUGGUGAUCAUGUAACAUUAAAGCCAAAUCAAAAAACCCACAUCAUAGAAAUAAUACCGUCCAUAGAUAUGAUACCCUACGCCUUUGUCUAUGUUCACUACGUUGAUAAGGGUAAUUUGCGUUACGAGGAAAUUAAACUAACAUUUCCCCUGGAGUUUGAAAACAGGGUAUCAAUUAUGGCGCCCAAACAAGUCAAACCCGGUGAAGAAGUGACAUUAGAAUUGGCAGCCCAACCCAAAUCUUUGGUUGGCGUCCUAGCCGUAGAUUUGGGUGUAUAUCUCUUAGAUUCUUCGUAUGAUUUGCAAAAAUGGUCAAUAUUAUAUUCAUUGAAAGCCGAUACAUCAUCGGUGGCUUUUCGCGCUCUGGUAUAUCCGGGAUAUUUGUCAGGUGUCAUCACCAUGACAAAUGCUCACUAUAUAUUUAUCCCGUUGAAUGAUAUUGGUGUUUAUAGUCCCGCUGCUAUAGGUCCCUUAAAUUUUCGUAAAAAAUUUCCCGAAACAUGGAUAUUUGAAAACUAUGAAAUCACCAAUAACACCACCCAAUUGACCCUCAACAUUCCCGACACAAUUACCACCUGGCGUGUCACCGCAUUUUCAGUAAAUGAAAAAACCGGAUUUGGUAUUGUCGAUGGUCCCACCGAUAUUACAACAAUCCAAUCGUUUUUCAUCAAUCUCAAUCUGCCAUAUUCGGUAAAGCGUGGUGAAAUUGUCAGUAUACCAAUACUAAUACACAAUUAUCAUGACGAGCCGGUGGAUACUGAAAUUACAUUCUUUAAUGAAAAUUCCGAAUUUUAUUUUAUGGAAUCGACAAUUUUUAAUGCCGAUGAAGGUUCGACGGAAAGGAUGCGUAUUAAACGGCAUACAGUAUCGGCAAACAAUGUUAGUACAGUUGUAUUUCUCAUUAAUCCCCGGCAGGUGGGAGAGCUGAAGCUGCGCAUCACGGCAACCACACCCAUAUCAUCAGAUGCUGUGGAACAAAUACUCAAGGUGGAACCAGAAGGUGUAAAGAAACAAGAAACUAAGAAUUUAUACAUCAAUGGCUUUCCUGAGAAACGGAUGCAGGCUACAUUUCUACUGAAAAUUCCUCAAGGUAUUGUACCCGAUUCGGAAUUUAUUACCCUGACAAUGGGUGGUGAUAAUUUGGCACCGACCAUCAAGAAUCUGAAUGGUCUGGUGGCCAUACCCACCGGCUGUGGCGAACAAAAUAUGGUGAAAUUUGCUCCAAAUGUUUUGGUUCUACAAUAUCUUCGGGCAACGGGAAGACAUUAUCGGGAGAAGGCCUUGGCAGCUAAGGCCAAGCAUUAUAUUGAGAUAGGCUAUCAACAACAGCUGUCAUAUCGUCACGACAAAGGUGGAUUUAGUGUUUUUGGAGAGCGGAAGGAUUCUGAACCGAGUACCUGGUUGACGGCCUAUAUUAUACGAUAUUUUAUAAAAUCCUCAAAAUAUAUUUCCAUAGAGGGGCAUAUCAUUGAAAGUGGUUUGCACUAUUUGGCGAGUACUCAGCAUAUGGAUGGUAGUUUCCCAUAUACCGGUUAUGUCUUCUAUCCGGCGCAGCAGAAUCGAUUUGGUUUUACGGCAUUUGUUUUGAUGACCUUCUUGGAGGAUCAGAAACACGCCCAAAAAUAUAAACCUUCUAUCGAAAAGGGUUUGAAAUUUCUUGAUGAUAAUUUGGAUAAAAUCGAUGAUGUUUAUGCCCUAUCGAUUAUGGCCGUAACACUACAAAUGGCACGCCAUAGCAGCUCAACAAAGGUGCUUGAAAAGCUAAUGAAAUAUAAACAAGGUUCCAAUGAUGGGGUGUAUUGGACCCAAGAAGAUCACAGCAAUGCCAAGGAUGUUGAAAUCACUGCUUAUGUGUUGAUGGCACUUCUCGAGGCUAUGGUCAAAUAUUCACAAAAAUAUAAUUCCGCCGAGGAUGUGAAUGUCAAAGUGGAAUACACGGCGAAAAAUCUGCAAGGUGACUCCUUGAAAUCGGGUGAAAUUAACGUGGAUGCUAAUAAUGUUAUGAUUUUACAAACUGAAGAGUUACCCAAAGCAACACGAGCUGUGGAAAUUGAAGCCAGUGGUCUUGGCAAUUCUCUACUACAGCUGAACUAUCAUUAUUACAUUGUGACCACAGAAAAUUUCCAACAUUUUCAAAUAGAACCGAAAACGAAAAUUUUAAAUCCCGAUGAAAUACUGUUGGAAAUUUGUUUCACCUAUAAAUCAAAAGAGCAGGCAUCGGCGGCAGCCACCACCAAUAUGAUAAUAAUGGAAGUAAAUCUACCUUCGGGAUUCACGACUAACGAUGAGGAUAGCAAUGAUUUAUUGGAAAAUGAAAUAAUACAAAGAAUUGAGGCGAAAAAUGAGGAAACCACCCUAGUUGUCUAUUUUGAAAAAUUAACGGCAAAUAUAAGAAAUUGCCUCAAUAUUCUGGCGAAUAAGGUGCAAGAUGUUAUUCAACGUAAACCGGCGUCAAUAACUAUUUAUGAUUAUUACAAUAUUAGUCGUCAUGAUACGGUAUUCUACAGUGUGGAGCGGGAUAAAAGUCCGCAGCAUCAAGCAUAA